GGACAUCAUUUUCAUUUGUCGUGUUUUCUCUCCUACGUCACUCGUUCCACGCACCCCUCGACCUUCGUAGUCCUGUGUCCUUGCUGUAGGCAGGGAGAGAGGUAUGGCGUCACAUCCUGGGCAAAGACGGUCGAGAAGUGGAUGAGACUAGCACUAGAUCCCAAAUGGUGCACGUUGGAUUUAUUUCUAGAUGAAGAUGAUCAUCGUGAAGUAGAGGAGAUGAGUACGAGUACAAGUAGCAACUUUUUGUCGUGUUUAGAAGAAGUAGAUGCGACGAACGAGGAAGUAAGGACUAGGAAGCAGAAGCUCGUGGAUGCGUCUGAGAAAGGAGAAGGAGAAGCGAGUGCCAGCAAGAGAACUCUUCGUCUGCGUCGACGCACGAAACACGAUAAAGUAACGACAGUCCAGACCCAAGACGUCGUGGGUACUAUACAAAGACCUACGAAUGAUACAGCGCCGAGAAGUGAUGAUGGAGGAGACCCACGUGUUGCAGGAGAGCAGCAGGGGCGUUUGCGUGAUGAUCCAGCAGUGGACCAUCUCUCAGAUCUUUUCUCGCGCAUGCAGUGUUGUGCAGCUAGACCCGGUAGAACUACAACUACUGGACCUAAUACUACUGGUCUGAUGUCUUGUUCGUCUUCAUCUCCUCACUCUUAUCUCCAAACUGGGGCAGGAGAUCCCAUGUUCUAUUUUUAUAACAUGAUGCAACAAUUUAUUCUACACGAAGAAGAGGAUGAUGAACGGCAAGUAAACGAAGGUUUUGGUCUUGGUUGUGAUCAACAAGAAGGACAACAACUACCAUUUGGUAGCGGCACAGAGGUGCCAGGUAUUCCGGUCCAUCCACCUCUAUGCCCGCCAGGAGAUCUUGCCGCCUUGAUGGCUCCUGAGCAAAUGCAUCUAUUCCACAUGCAGGCAGAGAGUCUGAGAACAGGCGAUCUUCAGGGGUUUCCUCCUGUAAUGUUGGACGACUUGCAAGACCAUUUUCGUGCGUUUGUUGAGCAUCAAGGAAACCUCCUACAUGAACUUGAACAAGCCUGUGGAGCAGGACAUUUUCAUGGUAGAGAAGAGCAUCAAGGGGAAGGCAGUAGGACGAGGGACGAGAGGGAGACGAGUCAGAGUACUAGAGAACAUCAAGAGAUGAAUCAAGGGUUCUUUGGUUCCUCUUCCUUUCGACAAGACGAAGCAUUUUUAGAUGAGCGCGGUCAUGUGUGGCUGACUCCAGAUCAAGAGGAAGAGGUACUAAGACAAAUGCUCGCUGCCGAAGAGUGCAAUUCUCGGAAAACUUCUUCCGGAAGCCAUCGUGCGCGAGGUAGACGUAGUGGGAGAAGAAGACAGCGCUGUAGAAGGGAAGAGCAGCUGGCACAAGAGGUCCUAGAAGAAGAAGGCAGCGCAGAGAGACGAGAUGGACGACCAGUCGGAGACGGAGUAGGAGAGAAGGUUUCGCAUUCAUCUUCAAGUUCAACGCAACAACGAUCAUUCGCUCACGGACAAGAAAGACAAACUCUCGAGGCAGCAACAAUUCGUCGCGCACUCGUGUCAGCUGCACAAGAGCGCGAAGAGGAUAGAGCAAGUAACGCAGCUAAUGCUAAUUCCGGCAAACUGAAACUACUACUUCUUUCAUCAUCUUCUAAAAGAACAAGCUUCUUUUCUCGAUCUCGUCACAAACAAAAUGAGAAUCCAUCAUCAACCUCGAAGACCGAAGAACAACGUCGAAAGACUCCUUCUAGUAGAAGUAGAACAUCUACUUCAGAGCCUCGCUUUCUGUACAAACCCAGACAAGAAGUAGGAUGCUUUAAUCGUUUGUUCGGCGUAACACCAGAGGUUAUCAAAGUUCCUCUAUACUUCUACCAUACUGAAGAUGAUCCUCGCAUCAAAGAACAAUCUGCCCUUUCCAAGAAUGACAAAAUUGAUGUGUCCUCUACAUCUUCUUCUUCCACAUCUACAUCAAGCCGAUCGUUUACCGCCAAAAAGAUGAUCUGCAGUCUCUUUACCUCUACUUCAAGCCCUUCUUCUUCAACAUCGCAGCACGACAAGCGUGGUGGUCACCACAUCAAGGACACAUCAGCAUCGCCAUCGUCAAGAUCAAAAUCACAAGACAACCACAAGCCUUGUUCCUUGAUUUUUCGAGGUUUUCCAAGUGGGAAGGAGGUUUUAUACGAAAGCAGCUGUAUGCCACUAGCUGCUUUGUCGGACUGCAUCAUCCCGCUUCGGAUAAUACCGAUCAACCUCCCCCGCGGUCUGGAACGAGCACCACAUUCUCCCGGUCGCGUGAUGCGUCAUCUCUACUUUGCUCUUCAGACGUUCUACUAUGCGAGAAGUGGGAAUGGGGUACCCGCUCCUUGAAGAAUUCAUGACAUUUGUUCUUGGUUAGCAUGUUCUUGAAGACUUUGAAUUUACUCUGGUAACGAGUAACUUGGAGCCUAACCAGAAAGUGAGGACAUGAGAUGUACUGCAUGCGCAUGGAGGUGGGGUUGGAUGAGUGAUGUACUGCAUGGAGAAGCAUAAAUACAACUAGGGUGAUGAUGAUGAUGAUGAGACGUUAAUAUUUUGUUUGUGACAAAUUAUACAUAUACAAGUAGUGCGUCAUGAUUUUUGUUUUUGCACUAAACACCUACUGACAAAACUGUAGCACAUUACCGAUCUUCGAGAAGGUUUAUCAACGUCUAAAAAUUAAGAUUAAGAUUUCGAUUUCGUUUUUGAGGUUUUGUUUAAAUUUCUGCCUUAGACAAAUGACAUUCCUAUCAUCAGUUUCAUGAUUUUAGUGCGUUAAAAAUUUGCUCACUAUCAACGUAUUUUCAUGGUCUUUUACAGAAAGUCCCGUAUUUUUUGUCCUCCAUGCUCUAGCGUUCAGUUCCAUGUUGUCAGUACCAGUGAAUAUAUUGAAUAUAUCAAAGUUAUUGACCCUUUCAAGAAUUGGUGACUGUUUCUGCUUGCGCACAGACUCAAAAGAAAUAACGACAUGGCAACGUGUGCCACAUUGUUUCUCAUCCUGGUAUGCUUUGUUUCCAUUAACAACCCCAACACGAAAACCAGUC